UGAUUCACAUAAGUGAAACACAUUAAGUAGUGCUUAUCACAAAAGAUAACCUUCAACUUUUGUUAACAUACAUGUAAAUGCCUGCAUAUGUGCAGAUAGUUUAUUCUUAAUUAUUUGUUGGUUGAUAUAGUUAACUUAAACAGUGUUAAUAUAUAACAUAAGGAAUGUCUGAAUACAUGGAAAAUUAUGUUUAUGAUAUGUAUAUAUAAAGGCCUAGAGAAAACAAUAGUUUUAUUUUACAACUAUAUAUACUUUUAACACCAUCAACAUUAUGUCCAUAUAUUAAAAUAUUCCCUAUACUGGUAUUAUCUUAUUUCAAUUAUACAAGUCAAAGGUAACUGGAUUCACUGCUGACCCAUAUACAUGCAUGCACAGAAGUGAUUAACCUUCCAAAAGGAUUGAAAUAAUAUUUGGAUAAGAAAAGAACACAAUCUGUGUUUAGGCCAGUAACUUAAAUGAUCUUUUUAAUGAUGUAAAUAACUUUUCUUUCUCUUUUUUUAUUAGGUAGAAAAUGGUCAAAUGUGGAUAUCCACUGUGAAGACUUGGAAUCAGACACAUAACUUCAUUUAAAAAUAUAUCAAUUCAGGAUGUAAAUAUGGUUUGACUUUUCCCCAAUGGGUAGUUAAACCAUGGACAAGCUAAAAAAACUCAUUUUGGACUGUUUUUCCAAACGAGUCUUUGCCUUCCUUCUUCAGUGCCCAGUAAGGGAUUAUAGUUGUUAAAGGAAAGAAAGAAAAUCCUUGAACUGGAAAGUUAUCCUACAAUGAGAAUUACGAGUACAUCUUGCAUCUGUCCAGUCCUAGUUUGUCUCUGUUUUGUGCAGAGGUGUUAUGGAGCUGCUCACCACAACUCCAUUAAGGUGACCAGGAAUCAAACCAAACACAUAGAAGGUGAAACAGAAGUCCACCAUCGCCCCAAACGUGGAUGGGUAUGGAACCAAUUCUUCGUUUUAGAAGAACAUAUGGGACCAGAUCCUCAAUAUGUGGGAAAACUACACUCCAAUUCUGACAAAGGUGAUGGAUCAGUCAAAUAUAUUCUUACUGGAGAAGGAGCUGGGACAAUAUUUAUCAUUGAUGACACCACAGGAGACAUUCAUUCAACCAAAAGUCUAGAUCGAGAGCAGAAGACCCAUUAUGUUCUACAUGCCCAAGCUAUUGAUAGAUGGACAAAUAAACCUCUUGAACCUGAAUCUGAAUUUAUUAUCAAAGUACAAGACAUCAAUGACAAUGCACCCAAAUUUACUGAUGGACCAUAUAUUGUAACUGUGCCAGAAAUGUCUGAUAUGGGUACUUCUGUUCUACAGGUGACAGCUACAGAUGCAGAUGACCCAACCUAUGGAAAUAGUGCUAGGGUGGUGUAUAGUAUUCUUCAAGGACAGCCAUAUUUCUCUGUUGAUCCCAAAACAGGUGUUAUAAGGACAGCCCUGCAUAAUAUGGACAGGGAAGCCAGAGAGCACUACUCUGUGGUCAUUCAAGCCAAAGAUAUGGCUGGGCAAGUUGGAGGCCUUUCAGGAUCCACCACCGUCAAUAUUACACUCUCAGAUGUCAAUGACAACCCACCUAGAUUUCCACAGAAACACUAUCAAUUGUAUGUUCCUGAAUCAGCUCAAGUUGGUUCAGCUGUAGGAAAAAUCAAGGCAAAUGAUGCUGAUACUGGAACAAAUGCUGAAAUGAAAUAUACAAUCAUCAAUGGUGAUGGCAUUGGAGUAUUCUCAAUAUCAACUGACAAAGAGACACGAGAAGGCAUUCUUUCCUUGAAGAAGCCACUGAACUAUGAGAAGAAGAAGUCAUACACUCUCAACAUAGAAGGAGCAAAUACACAUCUUGAUUUCCGAUUUUCUCAUCUGGGCCCAUUUAAAGAUGUUACUAUGCUGAAAAUCAUUGUGGGAGAUGUUGAUGAACCACCACUCUUUUCGAUGCCUUCUUAUGUUAUGGAUGUCCAUGAAAAUGAGAAGAUUGGAACAGUGGUUGGCACAGUAGCUGCUCAAGAUCCAGACAGUGCCAAUAGUUUAGUAAGAUAUUUCAUUGACUACAGCAGUGAGGAUGAUAGAUAUUUCAACAUUGAUGCUAACACUGGAACUAUUAAGACUGCAAAAGUCCUUGACAGAGAGGAAACACCAUGGUACAACAUCACAGUUGCUGCUUCAGAAAAGGAUAAUCCUAGCCUGCUAAGCCACGUUGUAGUAGGCAUUCGAGUUCUGGAUGUCAAUGACAAUCCACCAGAGCUUGCCAAGGAAUAUGAUAUUGUUGUUUGUGAAAAUUCUAAGCCUGGCCAGGUUAUACAUACAAUCAGUGCCACUGAUAAAGAUGAUUUUGCAAAUGGACCAAGAUUCCACUUCUUUCUGGAUGAAGGUCUGGCUCUGAACCCCAACUUUACACUGAAGGACAAUGAGGACAACACGGCCAGCAUUCUGACAAGAAGGCGGAGAUUUAGUCGAACUAUUCAGGAUGUGUAUUAUCUACCUAUUAUGAUCUCUGAUGGGGGAAUCCCCUCUCUUAGCAGCAGCAGCACCCUCACCAUCAGAGUAUGUGCAUGUGAGAGAGAUGGGCGUGUGCGAACUUGCCAUGCUGAAGCCUUCCUGUCCUCUGCAGGCUUAAGUACAGGAGCCUUAAUUGCUAUUCUUCUCUGUGUCCUCAUUCUCUUGGCAAUUGUGGUUCUCUUCAUCACUCUCAGACGCAGCAAGAAAGAACCCCUGAUCAUUUCAGAGGAGGAUGUGAGGGAAAAUGUUGUCACUUAUGAUGAUGAAGGGGGUGGAGAGGAAGACACAGAAGCCUUCGACAUCACAGCCCUGAGAAACCCAUCAGCUGCUGAGGAGCUGAAAUACAGAAGAGAUGUUCGACCUGAAGUGAUGCUUACACCCAGACACCAGCCUUCGUCCACUCUCGAGAGUAUAGAUGUUCAGGAAUUUAUUAAACAAAGACUGGCAGAGGCCGAUCUUGACCCGAGUGUCCCUCCCUAUGACUCUCUACAGACAUACGCAUAUGAGGGUCAUAGAUCUGAAGCUGGGUCCAUCAGUUCCCUGGAUUCAGCAACUACACACUCAGACCAAGAUUAUAAUUAUCUUGGUGACUGGGGGCCGGAAUUUAAAAAGUUAGCUGAACUCUAUGGAGAAUUAGAAUCGGAAAGAACAAGUUAGGGAUAAGCAUACUUGGAAUUGAUUCCUGGGCAAAUAGAUAUAUAAGCGCAAAUAAUGGCAAUGUUAAUUGAUGGCAAUAGUGCUGGGAACUGAGCAAACCUGUGCACAGUCACUGUAGAAACAAGUGCUCUUUUCAUGUGUGCAACUGGGUUCUUUGAUUGGAAGUAAGUCAAAUUUUGAAAAUACAGAGAAAAAAAAAAAGCUAUUAUUCCUUGUGUAUAUUUUUUAAAUGCUCAAUAAAGUCUGUGGUAUCAUUUCGUUAAUAAUACCCUA